GGUGUCGCUCACAGCAUUAGACACAACAGCCAAGAAAAGAAAAGUAGAUGAAACAUAAAGGCAGCGAGAGACGUUCAUGAGCGAAGACACGGCGGAUUAUUUCUUCAUUAUGGCACUGCUUCAUUCAGGGAAAUCAACGACUUUUGUCGAUACUUUCAACAAUUUCAGCAUUUCAUCCCGAAAUCUUCACUGGAGCGCGCGCCAGGCAACUGGCUGAACUGUCAUUUAUCAGAGAGUGAGUGUGACUGCGAUGGCAUCAUUUUCCACCUGUUUACGUCUUCUGUUCUGUUGUUGGGGGUCACCACAGACAGCCAUGUACCACCCUUCCUUGAAGAAUCUUGAUCUUUAUCCUGACAUGACAAAGACAAGUGAAAGGCGUUCACUCUGCUCAUACAGGGGAAGGUCCGUCCAUUCUGUGUUACAGAACAUUUGCUUUUUUCUGUGUGAAGUCCUCAGGAAAGUCAUCCAUCACUGUAUGAGUGUUACAGAGCUACUAAACAUGAAGAUGUUCUUCUUGUGUACCACAGAAAAAGUGGUCAUGACGGGCAAGACGAAGAAUAGAACCGUACAGGUCAAAGACUGGCCUGAACACGAGACCUGGAACGGCGAAAUCAAAAUGGCCACCAUUUUCAGUAAGACUGUUGAUCCACAAAUGAAGGUGAUGAUCCAGUCUGAUCAGCUGACAGUGGCAGAAGUUCUGCUCUCAGACUGGCUUGAAUGUCAGUCUGAAGAGCAGGAUGAAAGUGAUGAUGGUAGUGAUAGUGAAGCAGAAUGGAGUGAGGAAGGAGAAUGGUCAGAUGUCGGAGAUUCAGAGAUGUCCUCAGAGAACAGAGAGUUAUGGGAGUCCUUCUUGAACAACAGUGAUCCCUACAAUCCUUUCCACUUUUCCUGCCCUACUGAAGAUAAAGUAAAGGCUUUAGACAGUGAUGAUGAUGAUGAUGAGGAGGAGGAGGAGGAGGAGGAACCUGUUCCUCCUUGUCCUCAGGAGAAAGAUGAAACAGAAUGGAGUGAGGAAGAAGAUUCUGAUUGGUCAGAUGAAGGUGAUUUAGAGAUGUCUGCAGAGAGCAGAGAGUUAUGGGAGUCCUUUAACAGUGAUCCCUAUAAUCCUCUUUGCUUCUCCUACCCUACUGGAGUCAAAAUAAAGCCAUCAGAGAUUAAACAAAACCACACCCAUUCAAGCCCCACAGCCAAUGAGACUGAGGCUCACAAUCCUGAACAGAGCACAAAGAAACGCGCAAAGAAGGUGUGUUUCAGUGAGAAGGUGACCAUCCACAACCUCGAGGCAUGGGGCUUUGCAAGCCAGGCAGCGCGAGAUGGGUCGUGCUGGAUGGAGCUGGCGAGAGAUAGAGAGCGUUUCAAAAGGAGAGUGGAGAAAACUGGAGAGAUCAUCAGCCCGUGUCUCACAGCUCAGCACAGAGCCAGAGUUUUCGACAGACUACUGUUGAACCACUCUGACAGCAUUUUAGCAGUUCAGUGAUGGCAAACAACUAAAAAAUUAUGGCAGCUUUUUUUUUUUUUUUUAUGCUUUUGUUUUAUAUGGUGCUCUUGUAUUUACCUCAACACACUGAAGUUACUGCACUGGGAUAAUCACUUUUUUUUGUUGGUUCUAUUAGUGUGACUAAGUUUAGUUUUGCACUGUUCUGCAAAUUUGUAUUCUUUUUUACGUAUUUAUAACACAUUCCUGAAUGUCCACUAUGUGGUGUCUUUAUUGGGGGAGGGGGAUGAACUGAGAUUUUCAAUAAACAUUAUGACCUUUA